AUGGGUCUUCUUGACAUUGUACCACCUGGCGUUAUCACUGGCGACAAUGUGUAUCGCGUCUUUCAGUAUGCUGAAGAGCACAAGUUUGCUAUUCCUUCCAUCAACGUUACAUCUACCAGUACUGUGAACGCUGUUCUGGAAGCAGCACGCGAUAUACGUUCGCCCAUCAUCAUCCAAUUCUCGAACGGUGGCGCCGACUUCUUCGCUGGCAAAGGCCUAGAUAACAGCAAUCAGCAAGCUUCUGUGCUUGGUGCCAUCGCUGGUGCCCAUUAUGUUCGCUCUGUCGCCAAGGCAUAUGGCAUCCCAGUCAUUCUUCAUACUGAUCACUGUGCCAAGAACUUGCUGCCAUGGUACGAUGGCAUGCUCCGUGCCGAUGAAGAAUACUUCAAGGCGCACGGCGAGCCUCUCUUCUCGUCGCACAUGUUGGAUCUGUCCAAGGAAACCAAGGAAGACAAUAUUCGUAUCUGUGUCGACUAUUUGAAGCGCAUGGCACCCAUGAAACAAUGGCUUGAAAUGGAGAUUGGCAUCACGGGUGGUGAAGAAGACGGUGUCAACAACGAAGAUGUGGAAAACAGCUCGCUUUUCUCGCAGCCUGAAGAUAUUUGGGAUAUCUACAAGGCAUUUUCCGCCGUCUCCAAAUACUUUUCUAUCGCUGCUGCGUUUGGCAACGUCCACGGAUCUUAUGCCCCCGGUAAUGUCAAGCUGCAUCCCGAAUUGUUGGCUAAGCACCAGGUCUAUGUGAAGAAGCAGCUCGGCACCGAGAAAGAGCAUCCCGUCUUUUUCGUUUUCCACGGUGGCUCUGGAUCAACCAAGGAAGAAAUCCACGAAGCUGUCCGCAAUGGUGUCGUCAAAAUGAAUGUUGAUACUGAUACGCAGUGGGCAUACUGGUAUGGUAUCCACCAGUUCUACGAGGCUAACAGGGAUUAUCUCCAAUCACAAGUUGGCAAUCCUUCUGGAUCUGACGCGCCCAACAAGAAAUACUACGACCCGAGAAAAUUUAUCAGAGAGGCCGAAAAGACAAUGAUUGCUCGCGUUCAAGAAGCAUGUACGGAUCUCGGCAAUGUGCAUAAGCUAUAGCCAUUUUGUAAUCAGAUGAAAAAGCAGCGUUAAUUUGUAAAUAAAUAUUUU